GUGGUCAGCUGACGAGGCCGGGCCCUGCGGAGAGCUCGCUAUGCUGCGCCCCAAGGCCUUGACGCAGGUGCUGAGCCAGGCCAACACCGGAGGGGUCCAGAGCACCCUGCUUCUGAACAAUGAGGGCUCUCUCCUUGCAUAUUCUGGUUAUGGAGACACAGAUGCCAUAGUCACAGCUGCUAUCGCCAGCAACAUCUGGGUGGCUUAUGACAAGAACGGACACCAAGCAUUCAAUGAGGACAACUUGAAGUUCAUCUUAAUGGACUGUAUGGAGGGCCAUGUUGCCAUCACCAGAGUUGCCAACCUGCUGCUGUGCAUGUACGCGAAAGAGACGGUGGGCUUCGGCAUGCUGAAGGCAAAGGCUCAAGCUUUGGUCCAAUACCUCGAAGACCCCCUCACCCAGGUGGCUGCGUCCUGAGCCGGUGGAGCCUCUCUCGCCCGGAGCUGCUCGCCAAAGAUGCUUUUCUGCCUUGUGGACUCUGCCUCCCGUCAGCCCUGAGGGUCGCGCGGGGCUCUGGCAUGGCCUGGAUUUCAGAGAUGGAAAUGGCGGUGGGAAGAGAAUAAAAGGGUGGCUUGAGUUCUGUCUCUUUCAGGAUGGGGGGAGGGGCGGCACCCUUUGGGAGACCAAAGUGAUCUUAAGUGUAGAACUGCGCUGUUAACAAUAAAAUGAAUAAAUCAUUUCAUAAAA